UGGAGAUCUACCUUCGAGAUCUGCCUCUUUCCCCGCCUUCUGCAGCUCCUCCGAUGGCUCGUGGCGUCAACUUCGGUCUCGCCUUCGCGCUGGUGAUUGCCAGCGGGGUGGUGGGGUCUCUGGUCAGCACCCUCAUCCCCACCAUCCGGGCGCCUGUGCUCUACACCGUCAUCACGCUGGUGUUUGGCCUGGCGUAUUACUUCCUGGACGACAUGAGCCGCAACUAUAAGUUCGGCUACGUGGGGCAGGGCAAGGGCACCGGGGUCGUGUCGAAGCUCAGCGGAUACCUCGGCAAGUUCAACGAGCAACAGGGCGGCACACUCAAAGGCAGAAAGUAGGCAAAUCAUGCAGAGAGAGGGGGGUGCUUUGUAUUCCGUGCUGUGCUCGUCAGGGAGGGCUACAAGGAGAUGACUCAAGACUUCUAUGAUCUGGUGACGGACAUCUACCACUACGGAUGGGGAGAUGCAUUCCACUUCGGCGCCAGAUUCGAAGGUAGACGGAUGGGCGCACACUCUCUGUCUGUGUCUGUCUGGCUUGUGUGUCGUCAUCACUCACUCCGUCCAUCUCCCGUCUCUGUCUGUGUCAGGUGAGGGUUUCCUGGAGAGCAUCCGCAAGGACGAGUACUGGCUGGUGCACCGUGGCGGCAUGCAAAAGGGGGAGAAGUGGCUCGACCUCGGAUGCGGCAUCUCGGGACCUCUCUGCCACAUCGUCAGGUCAGCAGACCAUGCCGCGACGUGACGGACCGCCAGCAGCCGAUUGGCGCCCUCGUGUGCAUUGUUGUGUUGUGUGUGCCUUCUGUGGUGUCUGUGUGAGGCAGGUUCACUGAGGCCCAUGUGACGGGCGUCAAUAUCAACAAGUACCAGGUGGAGCGAGGCAGGCAGAAGAUCAUCGAAGAGGGUACAUUAACCACACCACACACCAGUGAUCCACCCCCACGGCAACCACACACGCGUGGUCCGCUGUGCCUCUCCGAAUGCGCGCAGGUCUGCGUGACUUGGCUUGGGUGGAGGAGUGCGACUUCAUGAAGCUGCCCGAGAAGUUCGGCAAGAACUCUGUCGACGGGGUCUACGCCAUCGAGGCCACCUGCCACGCACCCGACAAAAUCGGAUGCUACAAAGCCGUGCGUCAACACACAGACAGACCACAGGGCACACAGCCAGACCUUUGCCGCAUCUGUCAGAUAUUUGAGACAUUGAAGCCGGGUGCUUGCAUGGUGUUCUUCGAGUGGUGCAUGACCAAGACGUAUGACCCCAACAACCCCGAGCACCGGGCCAUCAAGGAGGGCAUCGAGACCCACAACAGCCUGCCCGAACUGGCCACCGAAGACGAGGUGCGGAGGAAUGGAUGGAUGGACGGUGCCGUGAUGAAUAUGUAAUGCGUGUGUGCAUGUGCAGAUCAUUGAGGCCCUCAAGAAAGUCGGUUUUGUCGUCGAGGAAGCAUUCGACCGCACGGUCAGCCCAAACAGGAGGGCAAAGGAGGGGGAGGGCCGCACAGCAUGGUGUUUGUUUGUUCGUGUGGUCAGGGUGUGGAGCAGAACAAGCUCAACACGGUGCCCUGGUACGCCACCAUCGAUGCCUCAUACUCACUCGCCAACUGGCCCGCAAGGUGGGUCGGCACCCAACAGUGAUAUCUUUUAGCUGAUGGAUGUUGUGUGUGUUGUCCGUGUGUGUCAGUUGGUGGGGUCAGGUGAUCCUGAACGCCAUGAUCAAGGCCAUGGAACUCAUCAAACUCGCUCCCCCGGUACACACACAUACACACACAUGACGCGUCUCUUGUUCCUCAACUGCCUCCUUCAUGUCUUUUGGGUUCAGGGCAGCGCUGCGACGCACAAGGCGCUGUGCCGCGGGCUGGUCCCUCUGGUGAAUGGCGGCAAGACCAUGUGCUUCUCGCCCCACUUCUACUGCAGGGCCCGCAAACCACUCAACGCAUGAAGACAGACAGCAGUGCGUGGCGAUUUUGUGACUGGAUGGGGACGUGUGGGCGAGACGAGGCAUCUCAACUUGCCGACCUACUCACCCGAUUUUGGCCCUUCAUCCACUUUUUCCUCUAUAUAUACUGCUCUGUAUCUUUACUGUCUUUGGUUCCCUCCCCAGUGUUGCUUUUUCGUGAGAGCAGCUGUCUACGCAGUCUCUGUGUCUCUGUGAGUGUGGAGAGAGAUUGAGAGAGAGCGAGUCGUUGCUUUUUGUGUUGCUGUGGUGAUCGGAGGACGGCUGGCUGUGUGUCUGCCUCGUUUGUUCGUCCGGGGAUGUGCACCUGGGCUACCCACCCUGCACACAGGUGUUGGCAGCUGCGGUGCGCGUCCUUGGACGAUCAAACGGGGGCGGUUGCCAAGCAUGACUUUAACCGAAGGAUGCAGACAGAUGCGGUUGCCCUGUGGGAAUCGGUAUGCAUUGUUUUUCGCGCGUUGAGACCGCGGUUUCUCGCCUCGAAUGCUGGCAUAUUGCAUGUCUUGUUGUCGCACUCGUCCAUAGCCGACAACCAUAGCAGACCAUGCCUGUCAGGCAGCGUGCGUGUAUCCGCCGUACUCGGUGUGCAAUUGAGUGAGAUGAGUCUUGUCGCGAG